AUGUACUACGGCUCGACUCGGUCUGCAGAUUCGAGUGUGGAUACCCAUCAUUCGCCAGAAGCACGACUUUCACUGUUUGAGGAUGCUACGUCAAGCACGAAGCAACAUUCAUCCCGACGGCGAGUCACAUUGAUUCUUCGCAAAGCCAAUCUCUCUCCACCACUACCUGUCUCAAUGUUGGCUCAACGACCAUGGACGCCAUCCAUCGAUGUUCAGUCAACGUCUCCCGCCGAUUCAGAGAGAGCACGGUUCUUACUUGCCGAACAGCGAGUUUGCAAUCCUGAAUACAAGGCACCGGAACCAACCUUGCGCAACAGACGGUUUACCCGGCGCCGAGACGAGAAGCUGAAUCAAGACAAGUGGAUCUUCAGCAAACAUGAAGUCGCACAAGUCUUUAGCAACCUCCUAUCUCAGGACCCACUCGAGCUGCUUGGAGUUGUGCGAGCGGUCCUAUCUCAUGCACAGGAAACCUCUUUAGAUGAGCUUUGGCGACAUCUUCACGAUCCAAAGUUAGAGGAACGGACAAGAUCCCGACUGACAAGGAUGAAAAGUCGUCUUUUGCGAUCGCAAGUACCAGUCAUCUAUGAGAUGCCUUGGCGGGAAGAGAUGGCCGCUCUACAGGAUCUUGAUUACAUUCAACUGAUGUGCCAGACUGGUGUGGAUCAAGAAGUCUUGGACCACGCCUUCAGCGUUGCGCUAUCACAGCAUUCAAUGGACAAAAUGGAAAUCUUGCUUAGCUAUGGUGCCGGCGCCUCUACUUGCAAGGAAACCAUCCGGGAGUGUUUCGAGCAGAACGAUGUUGCUCUGGCGAAACUUUUGCUGUCCGCUCCAGACGCAAUGGAUCUCACGGCGUGGCGAUAUUGCUUGAAGCUGCGAAUCGAAAGCUCUUCUGAUAUCCUGUUACUUUGCCUAGCUAAUCGUCCGGACAUAGUCUGCGAUAGCCUUCUACUGGAAGCGUUGAAGACACAGAACUUCCCUGCCACUGUGACAAUACUUGCUUACGCGGGUUCUGUUGAGAAGUUCUGUGACGUGCUUCAAGAUAUACACAAGCUGGCUACUCAGGUUGAAGAUCUUGGACAGAGGAAUGAUUUUUUCAUCUUACUCUUCGAGACCGGAUGCCUGCAGGACAAUCCAAUCCUUCGUGAGGAGUUGAUGAAGGAUGUAAAGCUCCGCAAGCUCUUCCUGAUUCAGACUUUGACGAACGCUGGUGUCAGUCUGGAUAUUGAACCUCACAACGCAUUGUCGUGGGCUGUCUCUCAUAUGGAUUUCGAUGUACUGGAGAUACUGAGACAUGGCUUUUGCUCUUCGCCCGUGUCUCCCUUGCUGGACCUUGUACCACUGUCGACUUCUGAACAAGAUAUGCUACGACUCAUAGACCUCUUGGCUCAUAUGGACCUGGCUGGUAAAUCACUAGACUUGCGAUUGGUUCAUGCUGUUCAGAAGCAGCAUAUUCGACUCGUCGAGCAGUUGAUUAUACACGGUGCAUCUGUAGAGUAUAAAAAGGGUCGCGCUUUAUUACAGGCCAUAACAAAAGCAGACUUUGAGAUUCUCAACAUCUUACUGCGAGGCAGCUGUUCACUGGAGAUCAUCACGCAUUCUAUAAGCGCUGCUAUGACCUUGGAAUAUCGGCUCAGUAGGUUGCAGAUCAUGAAAGCUCUGCUGAAGAAGAACGUUCCAGCAAAAGAGCUCGCCGGACCCUUACAACAAGUUGUGUCUGAAGGCGGAGAGGUGGACAUGGAGUUGGUUCAGCUACUGCUGGACUAUGAUGCACCCGUGGAUAGUAGUGAUGAUCAUAUCGAAAGUGGUGUCUUGACAGCUGUACGAAGGGGCGAUAUCUGCUUACUUCAACUGCUCUGCGGUGCAAGCCCACGAGUUGAAACAUUCUCAGAAUCUGUACCCAUAGCUUUCGAUACAAUAUCUGCUCAUGGAUACAGCACGGUGCUGAGCAUGAUGGAACUACUUCUGAGCAAGGGAGCGUCGGGGACACCGCUCCACGAAACGCUUCUCGCCGCAGCUUCAGAUGAUGCCCGGUUGGAUAUUGUGCGCCUGCUUAUGAAAUACGGCGCUGACCCCAACUAUGAGGCCGGCCUUUGCUUCGUCAUGGCACUCAUGCUCAAAAAAUUCGAUCUGCUCAAGAUUCUAUGCGAUGGUCGCCAGAUAAGCAUAGCGAGCUGCUCAAACAUCUUGACAAUAGCGCUCAAUCCCCGAUAUUAUGCUCUGCCUUCUUUGGAUCUCGUCCUCAAUUCUGCACCGUCUGCUGCUGGUGUGCUCAACAACUUGAAGCCGACCUGGGUCUUCACGACUCUCAAGGAUAACCAUGAUAUGGUCAGCAUUAUACCUUGCCUUCUUCAGCAUGAGAUGGAUGUUGACUUUGGAAGUGGAAUCUUGCUCCAACUGGCUGUUCAAAAAGACGAUGUCGAUCUGCUCCGCAAGAUCCUUUGUGCAAAGCCUAGCAUCACAAGCUUGAGAUCAGCAUUCGAUGCUGCUACCAAACGCCUACAUGGUUCCAACGAACUCAGGAUUAUUGAGCUGCUUUUGGGGCAGGCAGAGUCGGCUGAGAUUGGACAGUCCGAGGCGCUUGUGCGAUAUAUACGUCGUGCUCUGGACGGCAAUGUGGAGGGUCUCGGACUACUUCUGCGCCACAAAGCUGCAGUCGACUAUCAUGGGGGAAAAGCGCUCCAUGUAGCAGCGGAAGCAGGAUCUUUCGAAACAAUGGAUGUGUUGCUCGCCUUCCGGCCUGCCGCGACUUCUAUCACACGAGCAUGUCUGGCGGUAGGGCCUGCUAAGCUGAAGGCGGACCAGAAAGUUCGCAUCGUCAAACAUCUGCUCGAUGCAAACGGUGGUGCGUCGGCGAGUGAUCUGUCGGCCUUGCUUGAUGACUUCAUCAAUCAUAACCCAAGAAGUACGCGGCUCCCGGAGUCGCUGUUGGCACGGAGUGCCGAAGUCAAGCUUGAAACCAUCCAGGUGGCCAUGGCAAAGUCGUCUCCUGGACUUUUCGUGACCAUGAUUGAGGCCAUCACAAACCGUAACAAUGUCAUGAGCUUGUUCAUGCAUGCGCAAACGAUUUCCAUGAGCCGUGAGAGAUCACUCAAGGUAUACAAGUGUCUGUUGGACAGAUGCGUCAUUCUCAAAAAUCCCAUCCCCGCCGACGUCGUCUCCGAAGCUCUUCUCAGCUCCUUGAAACACGUCGAUUCGGAUCAACUGAGUCUGCCCAAACUUUUCCUGCAGCAUGGCGCUGUCGUCGGUCAUGAACGUGGAAAAGCCUUCCGGCUGGCUUUUCGAGCAAAUUCUGUUGAUGUUGUUAAACUUCUCAGUCAAUAUAUCGAUGAUGACCAUACGGCUGACGUCGCUUUCAAAGAAGCGCUGAAAGCCUCUUUCAUAAACACAGAUUUGCGUCUAGAGGUAUAUCGAUGUUUGUUACAGUGGAACAUCAACAAAACUUCUCUCUACGAUGCUCUAACGGCGAGUCUGCUAGGGAAAACUUCAAAUCACUCCAUAUUGCAACUUCUUCUCGCAAAAGGGGCAGACCCGAACAAAAACAAGGCCAGUUGCUACCUCUUGGCCGCCAAAGCGAGAAAAGAACCAGAAUUUCGCAUGCUGAGUAAACACGCGAGGCUGAAGGUACUUUUACCGGCGCUUUUGGGCUGCUUUCAAGACGAAAAGGAUGUCGUGCGGUGGUUCAACAUUUGUCUUGAAGACAAGCCUAGUCCAGCGAUCGUCAACCAGGAUCAGCUUCUCUUCGACUGCCUGCGUAAAUAUCCAAACGGGACAAAGCUGUUGAAGAUUCUCCUGAGGAAUGGAGUGUCUGCUUCCGAAAAGAUCACAUACAGCAUUUGCAAAGGAUGGCGCUCUGAAAAGUGCACCGCACUGAUAUGGGCUAUAUUCAGGGAACCUAGAAUUGGGAAUGAUGCCAUACUCGUAUCGAUAGCUGAAGCCGGCAAGAAAGUGCUUCCGACAUAUUCCACCCCAGUAACAGGAGUAUCCGCAGCUUUCGGCUGCCUUCUAGACUCAACGCGAACUCCCGUGCUAAAAGCCUUGAUCGAAAUGGACAACAAAGUACUAUCCUACGAAAUCCCCUUCCCCUCUUUCGCCCACCUAGGCGCAUACCCCAAACCCUUCACCCCAGACAUCGGGACCCCAAAACUAAACCUCCGCCUCGCUUCCAUCUACCUAGGAAACUUCGCCGCCUUUCGCCUCAUGGAUACAGGAUCGCCGGCGGACGACGGAACACUACACACCGCCGCCCUCCUCGCUCUUCCCAAAUUCGUCAAAUCCUUGUUGAAAACUCACGAUGCUGAUUUCAAAGAGGAAAUGUUCGAUCACAGGGUGCCAUUGGCUAUUGUAUGCAGAACACAACCUCAACCUUGGUGCAAAGUCGCCAAUGCGGAAGCGGAUUUCAGGACUAGGGUCAAGGAAACAAUGCGUCUUCUGGCUCCGGUGACCGAUCUCUCCUGGCGAUACAGAGAACAAACUGUGCUACACAUCGCCAUGGAGAACGGCAUAACCAGAACAAAAGAUCUCGUCGAGAUUUUGAGAAUCCGUAAUGACUUGGGAAAUGACGAAAUGUGGGCUUACAAGGACAAGGAUGGAAAGAAGUAUUUGCCGCAUGAAUAUGUUGCGGAAUUUAUGAGUGACCAUAAAGAUAGGGAGAAGCUGCUGGUUUUCCUCGCCACGGUUGGAUUUAGAUAG